AUGCUCAGGCCAGCCACUGUCGACCCAGAUGUUCUCCAUGAGAGGAGAGAGCAGGAUAAGGUCUUUGCCUUACUACUUACCCUUAACCCAGGAACUGAAGGAAGGGCCAACUACUCGGGUGACAUUGGAGAAACAUCCAACCGCUCUCAAGCUGUUGAGGAGAAGAAGCAGGGCCAUGAUGAUACCAUCAAGAAGUCUGACAUUGAGGCUCUCAUCAAAGCUCUUAAGGAGUCCGGUAACACCCUUGGAACUUCUCUUAAUGCUACUUAUCACACGCCUAGAGGUCUCUUUACUUCGUAUCAAGUAGCUCACCAAACUGAGAGAGUUAAGCCUUUAGUUAUAGACUCAGGCGCCUCUCACCAUAUGAUAAGUGAUGUUAACUUGAUUAGUAACAUAGAACCUGUGAUAGGCAAUGUGAUGAUAGCUAAUGGUGAUAAAAUUCCAAUUAAGGGAGUAGGAACACUUAAGCUGUUUGAUAAAGACUCUAAAGCUUUCUAUAUGCCUACUUUUGCCUCUAACCUUCUUUCUGUAAAAAGGGCUACUACUGAUCUAAAUUGUAAUGUCAUAUUUAGUCCUAAUGAAGUUGUGUUUCAGGAUAUUGAGACUCUUAAGUUGAUUGGCAAAGGUGUGACAAAGGGAGAUCUCUACCUUCUUGAAGACGCCAAGACUCCUUCUUAUUUAUCUUCAGCUUUUAGUUCAAUUCCUGUCUUAGAUCAUGAUGCAUUGUGGCAUGCUAGGCUAGGCCAUCCUCAUUCCCGUGCACUGAACUUGUUGUUACCUGAUAUUUCUUUUAAAAAUGAUGGCUGUGAAGCUUGUAUCCUUGGUAAACAUUGCAAGACCAAUGGAGUGGCUGAGAGGAAAAACCGGCACCUUAUGGGCGUGGCCAGAUCCAUGAUGUUUCAGACCAAUGUUCCUAAGCGGUUCUGGAGUGAUGCAGUCAUGACAGCAUGUUAUCUGAUCAACCGUACUCCAACCAGAAUCCUUGGUGACCUCACACCAUAUGAGCCAGAUGGACAGAGAAACAAGCUUGAGCCACGGAGCACCAAGGCAGUCUUUCUUGGCUAUUCCACUACCCAAAAGGGGUAUAAAUGCUAUGUUCCAGAGGCCAGGAAGGUCUUAGUCUCCAGAGAUGUGAAGUUUGUGGAAUCCAGAGGAUACUUUGAGAAGAAAAGUUGGGAUGAGCUAAAAGAUCUCUCUCAACCUUCCUCGGACAGAGCAGACACACUAAGGCGGCUUAUGCAGAACUUGGGAAUCAGUUUGUUUCCAUCUGCUGGCACUCAGGAGGCUGAAGCUGUCCCGGAGACAGUGAGAGCUCCACAAGAUUCUACCACAACCCCACAUCCUCAUCCUGAUCCUGAAUGGGGGAACAACAAUGAUCAUGAAGCUGAGAGCAAUGAUCCUAAUGUUCAUGAUCCGGAUGAGCAGAUGCAGCAAGAGGCUGACCAAACCACUGAUGUGAACUCUGGAGGAGUCGAAUCAAGUGGACAAGAAGAUGUACAAGAGGUGCAGCAGCUUAGGAGAAGCACAAGACAGAGGAAACCGGUUUCAAACUGGAACAACACUAGAGUAUACUUCAACGCAGAGGCAAUAGCUCAUCCACCCAGUGCCAAAGAAAGAAGACCAGGCUGGUGGCAAGGGGAUACACACAAGUGUAUGGAGAAGACUAUCUAG